CCGGGCACAAUGUCCAGCCAACGCUGGAGCGAGGCCAUCCAAAUCUGCUUGCGGCUAUUGCGCGUGCAUUUACAUGAUAGCCUGCGUAGUGCGCGCGGAUCCUCUGGCGGUGGUUCACUAACUUAGCCUGCCCGCACCGCCGUACGAGGUAGCUCGCGCGAGCUGGGAGCCAAGAUCGUUCAGGGGAGCUUCCACAGCUGUACACGAGCGGUGCACGAGGGCUGCUGAAAAGAUGAAGAUUGCGCUGCUGCAGUUUGCCCCAGAUGUGGGUACCGUGCAGGCCAACAUCAAGCGGGCCGAUGACCUACUGCAGCGCGCAAAGAUACCUGUGGAUCUGGACUGGCUGAUAUUGCCAGAAAUGGCCUUUUCAGGCUACAACUUCCACUCCCUCGAAGAAAUCACCCCCUACCUGGAACCCACCACCUCAGGCAUAACAACCCACUGGGCCAUCCAAGUCGCCCAGCACUACAACUGCCAUGUAACCGUCGGCUACCCCGAGCGCACCCUCCCCUCCCCCUCAUCCCCCCACCAAGAACCAACAAACUACAACUCCACCGUCACCGUCUCCCCCACCGGCGCCAUCCUCCAAAACUACCGCAAAUCCUUCCUCUACUACACGGACGAAACCUGGGCCGCCGAGCCCCCGGAGCGCUUCAAAGUCGAGCAUCUGCAGAAGCUGGGCAACGUGAUUCAGGGGAUAUGCAUGGACAUCAACCCGCACCGGUUUCUGGCGCCGUGGUCGGACUACGAGUUUGCAAGCGCAGCGCUGGCUCCCGUGCCACCGCUAUCCCACUCGGACUCGCCCACGCCACAGGGAACGAACCCUCUGAUCGUCGUCUCCAUGGCCUGGCUGUCCCACCUCACGGCCUCGGAAAUCGCAGCCGAGCCCGCAGCCCCGGACGUCGCGACUGUCGCGUACUGGGUGGAGCGGUUCCAGCCCGUCGUCGAGCGCAGCAAGGACGUGCCUGGCCCGUGGUACGUGGUCCUGGCGAACCGGUGCGGCAGCGAGAAGAGCGUCUGCUACGCGGGGAGCAGCACGGUGAUCAAGGUGGAGGAUGGCGGGGUGAGUCUGUUUGAGACGUGUGGGCGGGGCGAGGAGCGGGUGUGUGUGGUGGAUUUGGAGGGUGAGCCGAGGUUUAGUGUUAGGAGUGGGCGGUAGGGUGGGGAUCAUGGGAGGGGUUAUGGUUUAUGAG